GUUCGCUUAUAUUGGUGGCACAAAUUAAUUGUCUGGUGUCCUGCAAAUAAUUCCUACGGGAAGUCAUCCAUUGAUGCGACAAGAAAAUUGAAGUUAGGCGCCCAAAUUUUUUUCAACUUGGCCCUCAUGUCGAAGCCCAUCGCUUUAUUGUCGGUUUACGACAAAGCGAACCUGAUCGAAUUUGCGAAAGGCCUCGAUGCUGCAGGUAUCAAACUGCUUGGCUCAGGUGGGACUGCAAAAAAAAUAAGGGAAGCUGGUAUUCCUAUUGGUGAUGUAUCGGACAUAACUAAGGCGCCGGAGAUGUUGGGAGGUAGAGUGAAGACUCUCCAUCCUGCAGUCCACGGUGGAAUUCUUUCCAGGAACAUUCCGUCUGAUCAGGAAGAUCUCAAUGCUCAGAACAUUGAACCCAUUUCAAUCGUCGUCUGCAACUUAUAUCCAUUCACAUCCACCAUUUCCCAGCCUAACUGUACACUCGCGGAUGCUGUCGAGGAAAUUGAUAUCGGUGGGGUAACUCUUUUGCGUGCAGCUGCAAAGAAUCAUGAGCGUGUCUCUGUACUUUCUGAUCCUGCUGAUUAUGCCGAAUUUCUGGAAGCAUGGAAUAACGGCCAGGGAGACGUCGGGAAGGCGAUCCGCAACAAACUAGCUCUCAAGGCAUUUGAGAUGACAGCAAAGUACGAUGAUGCAAUUAGUGGAUAUUUCCGCGAGCAGUAUGCCUCUGGAGAUUUGCCAGAAGAAAAACUCGCUGGACCUGUUCAGAGAAUUCCUCUGAGGUAUGGCGCCAAUCCUCAUCAGAAACCUGCCCAGGCAUAUGUUACCGAGGGAGAGUUGCCAUUCAAAGCUUUGCGUGGUUCACCUGGGUACAUUAACCUUUUAGAUGCACUGAACUCAUAUGCUUUGGUUAAGGAGCUACAAGAAGCCCUCAAUCUUCCCGCCGCUGCCUCUUUUAAACACGUAUCGCCAGCCGGUGCCGCCGUCGGCAUCUCACUCGACGAGACCGAGAAAAAGGUCUACGGAGUAGACGACCUAAAGGAAUCACUUACUCCAUUGGCUUGUGCCUACGCUCGCGCUCGCGGAGCAGACAGGAUGUCUUCCUUUGGCGAUUUCAUUGCACUUUCUGCACCUUGUGAUCUUGCUACUGCAAAAAUUAUCUCUCGAGAGGUGUCCGAUGGUAUCAUCGCCCCCGGAUACUCACCCGAGGCUCUCGACGUUUUGAGCAAGAAGAAAGGGGGAAAGUACUGCGUGCUUGAGGUUGACCCUAACUACGAGCCUCCAGAAGUUGAGACCAAACAGGUCUUUGGUAUUUCUCUGCAACAGCGGCGGAACAAUGCAAAAAUUGAUGCUAGGUUAUUCGCUGAUAUCGUCACUGUGGAGAAAGAACUUCCUUCAUCUGCGCAAACAGAUCUCAUCCUUGCCACUCUUGCCCUCAAAUAUACGCAAUCAAACAGUGUAGCUUAUGCUCGUAACGGGGCAAUCAUCGGUCUCGGAGCUGGGCAACAGUCCCGUAUCCACUGUACCCGUCUGGCCGGUGGAAAAGCUGAUCUAUGGUGGCUGCGCCAUCAUCCACAUGUUCUCGCUUUGCCGUUCAAAAAAGGCGUGAAACGUGCAGAAAAAGCCAACGCUAUUGAUCUUUUUGUUAGUGGUGAAAUACUUGAAGGGGGAGAGAAGGAGCAUUGGGAAAGCCUGUUUGAAGGUUCAGUGCAAGGCCUGACUGAUGCUGAGCGGAAGGAGUGGGCAAGCAAGCUUGAAGGAGUGGCUUGUUCGAGCGAUGCAUUCUUCCCCUUCCCUGAUAACGUCCAUCGUGCAAAGAAGAGUGGAGUGAAGUACCUUGCUGCUCCUAGUGGAAGCGUCAUGGACACUGAAUGUAUCAAGGCCGCAGAUGAGCAUGGAAUAGUCUUCGCGCAUACUUCGUUAAGGUUGUUCCACCAUUAGUGCUUGCUUUUACUCGGCGUUUUCUUGAUGUUCUCAAUAACAUUAUAUUACUAUGUGUAUCGAUCGAUGAUUAUUCAUGACUUAUGCCGCCAGAUAUGUCGGUUCAC